AUGGACGAGUGCCUGGACUCGCUCGACGAUGCGAACGUGUUCACAACUCUAGAUUGUCCCUCGGUUUAUUGGAAAAUACCCGUUGCGGAAGAAGAUCGUCCGAAAACCACGUGUACGUGUCACGCCGGUACUUAUCACUUUAACCGAAUGCCUUUCGGGUUGAUGAACGCUCCCGCCACAUUCGGAUAUUGGACAUUAUCCUCUCCCGCUAACGAUGGAAAAGCUGCCUCAUCUACCUGGAUAACAUUAUCAUAUCUCGAAGGAUUAUGA